AUGUGGCAAACCGCAAUCAUUGUCGCAGCAGCAGUCAUUCUGGAAGUCGUCCAAUUGCAUCAAUCCAAGGCACAAAGCCAAGAUGCAAUUCGAUUUCGUGGUGGGGCCAAACAUCCCAAAACACCUCCUCUUCCUUCCGUUACCAUUACUCCGACAGAACUAACAGAGUAUCAUCGAGACGGCUUUGUGUUGAAAAAGGGUCUCUUGCAAGGAGAGGAACUCUCCAAACUCAUGGACUCUGCGGAGGAAAUCUACGCCACUGCCAAUCACCAAAAGGAUGCCAAUCUUCCCAACUUUUUCAAGAAACUGACCUUUGAUUUAUGGCGGCGCAAAGAUGAAUUUGCCCAAUUGGCCUUUGAAAAUUUGCCCAGUGUGGCUGCGGAGUUCUUGGGAGUUGGGGAUGCUUACGAAAUGAUCAACAAUGAGGACAAUAACAAUAAUGCCCAUGAGAAAGAAGAGACGAUCAGGAUAUUAAAGGAUGGCUUUUUUGGAUUCCAACAAAAAAACAAUACUGGCUGUGGAUUUCACGUGGACGAUAAAAUCUUUUGGCCGGCAUCGUACGAAACAACUGGAGUCAAUUUCUGGAUUGCACUGUCACCCAUGAGAAUACAAGAAGGUGGAGGAAUCCGUGUCGUCAAUCAAUCCAAAGUGGAGCCCAUUUUUGAAGAAUGUCGACAGGCCAUUACCAACGUCGGUGAACGAGGAUAUUCGCCCACCUGCGACAUGGAAGAGGUCUCGCCGGAAUGCCAUGAGAAAAUGUUGGAAGCUUCAGUCGUUUUCGAUAUGGAACCAGGGGAUGCAUUGAUUUGGGAUCGUUGGACCUUUCAUCGUAGUGAGCCAUUUCGACCAGUACCAGAAGGUGAGAGAUCUGAGGAACACCAAUGUGACGAUCCUUCAGCAGGAGCAGAUGGGGAUGACUACCGAUUGCGGUACACCAUUCGAUAUGUUCCAGGAAAAGCAAAGGCAUGGGGUAGGCAUCACCCAUCACAAGUUACGGGAGAGACAUUUGAUUCUCCAUAUUAUCCACAAGUUUGGCCAUCGGUUCUCAAAUCCGAAAUGAAAUCCAUCCAGAAAGGUUUGGAGGACUAA